AUGGGACGAAACAAGCACUUAAGCACUAGGCGAAUGGCCAAGCCGGAUCCAUUGACCAUAAACCACCUGGUUAUCCUCACCUGCCUAAACGAAGAUAAAGUCGAAGUGGAGAAGCUCGCAAGGGUCAAGUCCACCGUCAGUCAGAAAGGCGGCCCGCUACCGGAUUUCCUAGGCGAGAUCGAAGUUGAACCCGACAAUGCCGAGCGGCGGGGGGCACGACAGGGAUUGAAGACCAAUCCCGCAGUAAGGGCGAUGUACAACAUCUUGGCGAACGAGGUGAAUAAGGCGGUGUCGAAGUCGCUGGGGUACAUCCCCCCUUCGGCGGUCUGUCAGCGAGCCCACUUCGCCAGCCUGUUUACAAAGACGCAUAUCCGCGAAGAAGCAACUUUGACGUCUACUCUGGUCAUCAGCGAGCCUGUAUGUCCGUGUACGGAAGACGGCUGCAAGAAAAUUCUAAAACGCAAGAGGCGCCGGAUCACAGCGAAAACAGGGAGUAUUAUUCCUUUGCUUCCUUUGUAA